AUGCCAUCUGCCCUUGUGGCCGGUGGGAGCACAGGUCAAAAUACCCAGCAGCACCAACGUGACGACUUCUUCACACCCGGCGGGCUAUUCAGGCCUGAGGAACUCAACCGCCCCGCUUCAGGCCAGUCCGUGUUAGACCAAGAUUCCGUUGUUGGCGAUUUUGGAAGGACGUAUCAUGCCUACAAUGAGGGGAAAUACUUACUGCCGAAUAAUGGUGCAGAGCAAGACCGAUUGGAUUUCCAGCAUGCUGCGUUCACGAUCCUUCUCGGCGAUAGAUUGACGCUGGCUCCGAUCCCUAAGAACCCGCAGCACGUCCUGGAUGUCGCUACUGGGACAGGGAUACGGGCGAUCGAGUUCGCUGACAAAAGCCCACUCUCACACAUCACGGGGACCGACCUCAGCGCCAUCCAGCCGAAUAACGCGCCCCCAAACUGCCACUUCCUCAAGGACGACGCCGAGGAGGAAUGGGUCUUCCCGCACAAGUUCGACUACGUCCACCUGCGCUUCGUGUUCUCGUGCUUUAGCGAUCCUAAGAAUGUGAUGAGGAAUGCGUUCGGCUCCAUGAAGCCCGGGGGAUGGAUAGAAUUCCAGGACCCUUUCACGAAUGAGCUUAUCAGCGUAACUGGGCUAAUGACUUGUGUAGGCACGGCUUAUCAGCGAUGGGGCCAGGCUGUAGUCCGAGGGGUUGCGGCGGCGGUUGGGCGAGAUAUUGCCGUAGCACCGUAUUAUGCGGCUUGGCUCCGUGAAGUGGGGUUCGUGGAUGUUGUAGAAAGGCGAAUGAUCUGGCCGGCCAAUCCGUGGUCAGAAGACCCCGACUGA